ACAGACACAAUAAAGUUUAGAGCUGGACGCUUGCAGGCGCUAAAGCAGACCGCUGUGUCUCGUCGCUGCGCUCCGCGUCUCCGCAACGGGCAACAACGCAACAAGGACUGCGGGAUUUAUCCAAAUGUAGGUUUUUAUUUUAACUCCAUGCGCGCAUUUAUUUUUAACUGAGAACACGCGCAGAUCUCGCAAUGAUUCACUGCAGCUUUAUGGAUAUUUUAUUCUGCUGAAUGGCUCGUUGGAUACUAUAAACCUCCAAAAACGCACGGGACUACACGCGCUCCACUCCGGCUGGACUAUAAACACGCGCUGCUGUUUCCAAGGCGACCCAACCUAACUUUGUGUUUAAGGAUAUUAACUGUGCCAGCAUUUACACAGGGCAGCCGUGCAGUCAGUGCUCGCGGUGACCAUGCCCGGGAUGGUGAUGAUGAUGAUGUCGUUCAGCGGGGCAGCUCUGCUCCUCUUGUCCGGGCUGGUCGGUCCGCUGUGCGUGGUGCACGCUUUCGGCGAUGAGGUGGAGGAAAUGACCUGUGACCCGAUCCGGAUCAGCAUGUGCCAGGGUCUCGGUUACAACGUCACCAAGAUGCCCAAUCUGGUCGGCAACGUGCUGCAGUCGGACGCCGAGCUGCAGCUGACCACGUUCACGCCGCUCAUACAGUACGGCUGCUCCAGUCAACUCAAGUUCUUCCUGUGCUCAGUCUAUGUGCCAAUGUGCACAGACAAGGUUCCCAUCCCCAUUGGUCCCUGUGGUAGCAUGUGUCUGUCCGUCAAGAGGAAAUGCCUGCCUGUGCUCCACGAGUUUGGCUUCAUAUGGCCUGAGGUGCUCAACUGCAGCCUCUUCCCACCUCAAAACGACCACAACCACAUGUGCAUGGAGGGCCCGGGGGACGAGGACCCGCCCUACCAGCCCGUCCGCCAUCCUCCCCACCAGGAGGAGUGCCAGGCAUUGGGAUCGGCACCCGACCAGUAUACCUGGUUAAAGCAGACUGAGAGCUGCACUCUCCAGUGUGGCUACGACAGCGGGCUCUACCGACGCGGGGCCAAAGUCUUCACGGAUGCGUGGAUGGCAGUGUGGGCCGUGCUGUGCUUCCUGUCGACCACCCUGACAGUCCUGACGUUUCUGUUGGAUUCACAGCGCUUCUCCUACCCGGAAAGGCCCAUCAUCUUCCUAUCUAUGUGCUGCAAUCUGUACAGUGUUGCCUACCUGGUACGGUUGACACUGGGCAGGGAGCGUGUUUCCUGUGACCUGGAUGCCACCGCUGUCCCGAUUCUAGUACAAGAAGGGUUAAAGAGCACUGGCUGUGCCAUCGUCUUCCUCCUGCUCUACUUCUUUGGCAUGGCCUCCUCACUCUGGUGGGUGAUCCUGACCCUCACAUGGUUCUUGGCUGCUGGACUGAAGUGGGGCCAUGAAGCCAUUGAAAUGCACAGCUCCUACUUCCACAUAGCAGCUUGGGCAAUCCCAGCCGUUAAAACCAUCGUCAUCCUCAUUAUGCGACUGGUAGAUGCAGAUGACCUGACAGGACUCUGCUAUGUGGGCAACCAGCAGCAGGAGGCACUCACAGGCUUUGUGGUGGCACCGCUUGCCACAUACCUUCUAAUAGGCACUCUGUUCAUCUGUGCUGGCCUCGUGGCUCUUUUCAAGAUCCGCUCCAAUCUGCAGAAGGACGGCGCCAAAACAGACAAGCUGGAGCGUUUAAUGGUGAAGAUUGGAGUAUUUUCUGUUCUCUACACCGUCCCGGCAUCCACCGUUAUUGGCUGUUACCUCUACCAGCUCUCCCACUGGGGGGAGUUCAGAGCCAGCACCCGGGACUCAUACGUGGCAUCAGAGAUGCUUCGAAUCUUCAUGUCACUGCUCGUAGGCAUCACAUCAGGCAUGUGGAUCUGGUCAGCAAAAACCCUCCACACCUGGCAGCGCUGUUCUGCCCGCCUGCUCAGGGACAGCAGGGCAAACCGAGGGGGCAAAAGGGCUCCGGGCGAGGGCUGGAUCAAACCGGGGAAAGGCAACGAGACAGUUGUGUGAGGAGGAAGAGAGAGGGAAAUGGACUUCUACCUGCUUCUCUGUCACUUACAGAUACUCACUCUGCCGAACAAAAGGUGGAGAGGACAGAGGAAAGAGAUGAGAGGGAGAAGCAGGAGUUUCUCAAGGAAGCCACUGGAUGUAAUGGCAUCAUAAAAGCUCGCUGAGAGUCUGCAAGCAUGCCUCACCCCCUCUAACUGCCUCUUACAGUGAUAAUGGAGGAGAAAAUUGGAGGAUUGGGUCGUACAUUAGUAGCAACAGUAGCCUCUCUACCUCUGUUAGACUUCUUUUGCCCAGAGAGAUAGAGAAAGUGGAAAAUGAAGGAGACAGAGAGACGAAAAAAGGCAGAACAGAAGCGUCAAUAUGCAGACCAGGCACACCCACAAGCUGUGUAGCACCACGUCUACCUCUCUGCCUCGCUUUCCUCCAGAGCCCUCAGCAGAAGAGACUGAACCUGCUGGAGACAGUAACCCUGAUGCCGUUGUGUCUUUUGGGGGUCUUUUGAAGUUUUGAAUUUUACACUGGAGAGUCCUGGUGCAGACAUUAUACAGGUAUAGGUUGAUGUUUCCCAAAAGCAUCUGAGUUCCUGUGAGGUUUUUUUUAUGUCCACACGGGAAAUUACAAAUGAAAUCCCAGACCAAGAGUAAUUAUAAUAUCAUAAAAACAUAAAAUAUGGCCUUAAACCUGUGAUUUGUUUACUUUUGAACCACGCUAUUCUACAUUUUUGUAAAUUAUUACCUUUUGUACAAUAUGAAAGAGCAGGUGAUUUUAUUACUCAGAAUUUUUUGGGGAAACCAGCUCUAAGCUGUAAUAAUGCACUAUAAUUCUCGACAAUAUGUGAAGUGUCUGUGCUUGUCACAAGUGCAUUACCAGGGACGGCAGUGAUGUAACAACAAAUUAUUACACAGUAUGUUAAUAUGCAGAGAGCCUUUAACAAUUUGGUCGAUUUUCAUAGUGAACGCUGCAGAAAAAAUAACUAAUUAAGUCACAAUCACUUUUUUAACAAAUAUUGUGAAGGCAGGAGCAGCGAAACAUAGUGAGAUUAUUUUUUUAAUGUGUAAUUGAGGUAAAGUCUGUGGUAGCUAUAAAGCUCACUACAAUGAAUCCUGGGAGCCCCCCAGCCGUGCCUUUUAUUAACCCAUAAAUGUGCAAGCGGUGAGGCGUCUGGGAAAUGUAGGCCUGUGUGUUUUACCUCAGUAAUCUACGGGAAGCUCAGCUAACUUCUAAUGAUGUGUGCAGCCUUUGUGCAAACCCUGUACUGUAUAUGCUCUUGAGUUACCAUGAAAUCCAGGAAAUGAAAUUAUUCCCUCUGCCCUCUUUUCCAAACACCGGACCCGAGGCACGUCAAAGAAUUACACGUUAUUAGACAAUCACUUGCCAAAAGACACAUUAUGCAGUAACAGAGAGCUGUCACAGACACAUGCAUGUGCACAUGCACAUAUAUGCAGAUACACACAGAGGAAUCAGUUCCCACGAAUCUCAUCCGCCAGCAGUUAUGAUCGCUAUCAGAGUAAUAACUCCAAUAAUAGGAAACGGUAUCUGCUUAAUUAUGUCUGCUUUCCAUCUUUUUUAAGCUAUGAUUCUUCAUCCCUUCAAUUCAUAAGGCCAUCACUGUCUGUUCUACCUGCAUAUCUGUCUGUCCGUGUGUCUGAUGCUCUCAUUAGCCCGCUGCCUGCCUGUUGCUCUUUAACCUCCUCUACUGCAUAGCUCAUUUCCCAGACAAUCAAGUCAUCCCUGGCAAAGAUUAUUGUACAUUACAUUUCAGAAAUUCACGGACGAUAGGGACGAGAUAACUGCUUAUAGAAUGUACUAUAAGCUUUAAUUACAGUGAGUUACACCUGGUCGUUCUGCUGCACUCACCAAACUCUGCAACUGCUCCAGUGUACCAUAUAUUUGCCUGACAAUCUAGCAAAGCUCUUGCGUUUCAGUAAGUCUUUGAAUGUAUAAUACGUGGGGGGUGUCACAUUACGUAUGCCUUCUACAUUUAAGUAAAGAAAAUUUGAUUCUUGGCUAUUUCAAUGCAUAAGGGCUUGAAUAAUUUGGAGCUUUGCCCCUGUGUGUCAUUUGAAACCAUAUAGUGCCUCCCACAGCUUGUCACAGGUAUUUUAACAUUGAAGGGGACAGAAAGUAGCUUUAAAGUGUGCACGGCCUUUUACCUAAAUCAUGCUAAAUGUAACAGCAGCCUUAUUGCAUUCAGUUUACUUCUGGUGGUUCUGGUGAAACCUAGAAUGCUGUAAAAAAGCAGUUUUUCUCAAACCAGCACACUUUGGCACACUUAUUGAAUUUCCAGAGUCAGGCAAACAUUACAGCGAGUUAAAAUGAAUUGAAUUAACCUCUGACCACCUCCCCUCUGAGCUAAUGCAGUUUCCCUCUGAAACUCAAGUUCUGGCCGUCCACUCUGGUAUGACCACACUGAGCUUCAGGUGACAUUUCCAAACAAUCACUCAACAGUGGUGCCUUGAAACAUGCUGAGUGUGUGCCGCGGCGUAAUGAAGACUGAGAACCACUGUUACUACAGAUGUGUGAACGCUUUUUCAGAAGCCCAGAUAUGCAUUAAAGUUGGGGGUCAGUUCGUCGGCGCUGAUCAUAGCCUUUAAGGUCUAGACUGUUCCUUUUGUGUAGAGAACAUGUUGUCUUGAUGAUGUCAUCAAUGUAUUAUAAAGAAAUUGCUAAUUUAUCCUUGUAAAAACGUGACAGCAAAUUUUAAGACUUGUUUGUUAUUUAAAAACACUUUUGUAUCAGAAGAAGAUGAUGAAUAAAAACGUUUUGGUUUCCAA